UUUUUCCCCUUUCGUAUUUAUAAAAAUCUAGAUAUCAAAUAAAAAAUUCUUGCUCAUUACUUGAUUAUCUCGUUUUUUAUGUUAGGUAAAACGUUUUAUCGCAAAUCUAUUUUCCAAUUUACAACCACAGUUUUGAUCAGUAUUAUCAAGAUCAACUUUACAUAAUCAUGUAAAAAUAAUCUAUAUAGGAGAACGUUGAUAAAUAAAGGUACAAUUAGCGUUUUCGUCGUCACGACUAUAAAAUGCCCAGUACUUUUGUAAUAUUACCAAAAUGAAGGGAAACUUAUGCCCAGUACUUUUGUAACUAACUAGUAAUCCAUCUAGAUUUUCAUUUGCAAGCGAUAGUUAUAUGCCAUAGAUAUAGAUAUAGAUAUAGUUAUUUCUUUUCCACAUAUCACAUCACAUUCCACAACCCAACAUACCCUGUAGCUUUACGAGGUAACGAGUUAGAAUAUAAAAGCUCCAUCAAAUAGACGUUUCAUCAUUUCGAAAAAGUGUGAAAUGGCUCUUUCGUUUUCGGUGCUGUGGCAAUUAGUAGUUUUUCUAACCGCUGCACAACAUUCGAAUGGAGAAAACUUCGAGUACAUUUUGGAGGACGAAUCAGUGUUUUCGGAAUGUAUGGAUGCACCGCCGGGAUAUGCGAAUAUGAGCGGAUUGUUUGAUACUUCCACCACCAACUUUGUAAUGGGUCCAGAAGGUGUUCACGUGGACGGAUACCUAACCUCUACGUGGGAUGUACAGCCAACGGAUCGCAUUGAGGGUCGACUAAAAAUCGUUCAUUUCGAGCGUGGCAUUUGGCAACCGACGGUACUCAAUAUGUUGGUCAGAGAUUUUUGCAAAUCUUUUCUGGAUCCGAAGCAGUAUUGGUACAGUAUUUUUCCGGAACAUAUUAGAAACAGGAGCGAGGCUCGAGAAAAAUGUGUCAACCACAAAGGAACUGUUUACUUUGUGGUACCUUAUGUCAUAAAAAUGCACUUCGGGCUUGGGUUUGUCCUUCCUUCUGGACGAAAUCGGAUGGUAUUUACCUUGGUAGCAAUUGAUGAGAACGAUGUUCAGCGACCAAACGGAAUUUGCUUUGAGAUAAGAGGGGAUUUUUUUAAGAUUUAAUAACUCAGUUUUCCCUAUUACUUUUAUUUAUUAUUUUAUUAUUUUAAUUACCUAGUAAUACGAGUUACUUAUUAUUCUUUCCUUUGAACUUUUUAUGUUUUUUUUAUUUCUUGCAUUUUAUUUAUACAAAUGUUUUGUUGAAUGUUUCAAACAUUAAAAUAAAAAAAGUCAAGAUGCAAGAUACGAUUGGCAAUCGUAGAUAUAUUUAUAUAUAUAAAUAGUUAUAGAUACCACUUAUCACUUGGGGUAUGAGCUUUUCUUCUGAAGCAGAGUGCUCUGAAAAGUUCCACCAUCCAUAAACAUAGUAUAUACACCGACUACUUCCUGCUUAAGCUCGAUGUCCUGCCGUGCGAAAUGAACUCUUGGCCUCUGGUUGUCUACCCUUUCUGAUGGCGUGACACAUUUUUCGGGACCCCGUGUUCCUUUGUUGGGGUCAUCAGCACCGGCCCCGCCCACAGCCUUGCGCCCUGUUUGGGGUCACGUGUGCGCAGUUUAUUUGUUUUAUGCGGCCUCUGCGAGGCUCUGCCUUCGGACUCGUUGCUUCUUGGGCUGUGUGCAGUGUUUGCCUUACUUAGAGUUUUAGAUUUACUUAAGUCGUUGAUGACCAUGACCAAAUAAAGUUUCAUUUUGUGCAAAGAUUUACAACACUCGAGCGUGUGCGACAAGUUUUGAGUGCCAUCCGACAUUGGCCCCCGAGCGGAUCAUGGAAAGGCUACUGCAAAGGCAAAGGCAAAGGCAGUCCGAACAAAAGUUAGAAAAGAACUCUUCAAUCUGCAGCCCAUGCUGCGUAUGCGCAAUUUUUGCUGCUCGAGUGUUUGCUUGGGACAUGUUGUGAUUGAGAGCUGAAAACUGUGCCCAAUUCUACUUCACAAACUGAAAUGUGCACUAAAGAUUGCCAAUGGCCCUGGGAUAUGUUUGGACACACUUGGCAGAGGUUUUAGAAUGGAGUGAAAAGGUGCGUUCCAGUACUAUAAGGCUCAACGACCCCAAAAGAGCUUGGCAAAACUCUAUUAGUUAAUUAAUUUAAAGUCUUACAGAGAAAAUUAUCAAUAUCUAAGACUUAAUAUCUAAUAUAUAUAAUAUAUAUAAAAUGCCAUUCACCUAAAAGACGCAAACAAUCACAAGUCCCAAUUCUAAUGAUUUCGAGAAAGUUUCGAAAAGUGACUUUGCAAGACAUUAGCUCUAUGUGAAUUGGCCUUACUGUGAAUAUAUCCUUGAUAUCCUUGCAGCUCAUUGAACUUUUUAGUCCAUGACUUGUUUGUAAGAACUCUUCAUUGCUUCACGUAUUCGCAAAUACCAUAUGUUUGGCAAAGUUCAUAGCGUUUCUGAAUUUUUCGUGUUCCGAUAACAUUCCGAUUUUGGCCGGGAAAAAAAUGCAAAUAAGGGGCAAGUUCUCGAGUUUAAAUAAACUUGUUCAGCAUUGAGUGGACAAUGCAUCAAGGCCCUGAGCAAUUGUUGUCUGCACAGAGGAAAAAGUCGCAAAAAUGUUCGUUUCCAACUACAAAACCCAAUACCGCAAUACCUAUAAAUUUUAGUUGUAUUUAUUAUUCAUCAAUUAUAUUUUAUUACUACAUACACCAUAUAUAUUCCGACGUUAUGAUAUUUUUGUCUGAAAUAUGAUUAGAUUCUAAUUAGCUUGCUGUUCGC